AGCUUCUCUUUGAACCUUCAGCUGUUUGUCAGGUUCCUCCUCUCCCCUACCAGCCGAAGGCCCCGCUCAUGGGCCGAGCGCAGGACAAGUCUGGGCCUUUGGCUCGGAGGCCGGACAACUCCGCUUUCAAACAGCAGCGACUACCUGCUUGGUCUCCGAUGCUAACCGCUAACACUGUGCUGCCUUUCUUCUACCUCAUGGCUCUGAUAUGCAUGCUGCUCGGAGUGUGGCUGCUGCUCACCGUGCAGAGCACACAGGAACUAAAGCUGGACUACACAGAACGUGGAACUUGUGCUGAAUGUUUUCAGAUGCGUAAAAACGUGAGCUUUGCCGGAGAGCCCUGCAGGUGCCAGGUGCACUUUUCCAUCAGCAAAGCGUUUAAGGGAGAUGUGUUUUUUUACUACGGACUGAAGAAUUUCCAUCAGAACCUCCGUAGGUACAUGGACUCCAGAGAUGAUGGACAGAUGGUGGGCCGGAAGAAUAAAUUAAAGAACCCAAGUGCAUACUGCGAGCCAUUUGCAAGAGAUCAGAACGGAGUCCCUAUUGCUCCCUGCGGAGCUGUAGCCAACAGUAUGUUUAAUGACACCUUUGCUCUGACCUUCCAUCAUUCCAGCGGUUCUGUUCUUGUUCCGCUGCUACGGACCGGCCUCACAUGGUACACUGACAAAAACGUCAAAUACCGUAACCCAAGGAUGGACAACUUGACUCUAGCUGAGGUGUUUGAAGGCACUGUGCAACCUUUGUACUGGCAGAAACCCGUGUAUGAACUUAAUCCAGAUGACCCGAACAACAAUGGUUUCAUCAAUGAUGAUCUGAUUGUUUGGAUGAGAGAGGCCGCUUUCCCCAACUUUAAGAAGCUCUAUGGGAUUUUAAAUCGAAACAGCCGACCACUCUUCUCAAAGGGGCUUCCAUCGGGGAACUACACCAUCGAUAUAAGCUACAACUUUCCUGUGCAGCCGUUCCGAGGCAGAAAGGAAGUGGUGCUGACCACGCUGACCUGGUUUGGAGGUCAGAACCAUUUCCUGCCUGUUGCUUACCUGGUAACCAGCAGCCUGAUCUUCCUGACUGCUGUUGUCCUCACGGUGGUGUGGUGGAAGUUUGGAAAGAAAGGAAAGAACGUGCUUUUAACAUUUCAAUAAGACGUCUCAUGAUGCCGAAGAC